AUGGCCGCACAAUUGGACUUUUCCACGUUUCACAACGUGAUCAAUAAUGAAUUGACACAGACCUCCCAAACCCGACAUGGUAUCAACCCCGCCAACAGUCAACCCAAUCCUCCCGUACCUGUUUCGACCCAAGAGGAUCUUGACGCGGCUGUCAAGGCAGCCAGAGUGGCCUUCAAGACAUGGACCAAGACUUCGUUCGAGGAACGCAGAAAGGCGUUGUCGGCGUGGGCAGAUGCCAUCGAGGCCAACGCGAGUGGGUUUGCUAAGACUCUCACCAUGGAGCAGGGAAAGCCACUUUCUCAAUCCUCCGUGGAGGUGGGUAUGUCAGGGACCUGGAUUCGAGGCCUGAGUUCAAUUGAAAUUCCCGAGAAUGUGAUUGAAGAAACCGAGGAUAGAACGAUUGUUCAACGCCAUGUACCUCUCGGCGUGGUGGGUGGAAUUGUGCCUUGGAAUUUCCCUGUUCUUUUGGCCGUGGGUAAAAUCGCCGCGGCUCUGUAUACCGGAAAUACGAUCAUCGUGAAGCCCUCUCCUUUCACCCCAUACUGUGACUUGAAAUUGGCGGAGCUCGCCAUUCAGUUCUUCCCUCCUGGCGUGGUUCAAUGUUUGAGCGGUGACGAUACCCUGGGCCCAAUGAUCACUGACCAUCCUGAUAUUGAUAAGAUCAGCUUUACUGGCUCUAUCCUCACAGGCAAACGGGUGAUGGCUUCGUGCGCUAAGACUCUUAAGCGUGUGACUCUUGAAUUGGGCGGGAAUGAUCCCGCGAUCAUCUGCGAGGAUGUUGAUAUCGAUGCCAUCAUCCCCAAGAUCGGCAUUCUGUCAUACCUGUGUAGCUCACAGAUCUGCAUGAUGAUCAAGCGCCUCUAUGUGCACGAGAAGAUUUACGACGAGUUCUUGGACAAACUUGUCACUUUCGUGAAGACUCUGAAGGUCGGCGAUGGCACCGAGGAGGAUACAUUCUUCGGCCCCGUUCAGAACGAAAUGCAGUUUGAAAAAGCCAAGGACCUGUUCAGCAGCCUUUCCACCGAGAGCCUCAAGACAGCUCUGGGAGGCUCGAUCGAGAACUCUCAUGGAUAUUACAUUCACCCGACCAUCGUCGACAACCCUCCUGAGUCAUCACGGGUGGUGCAAGAGGAAGCGUUUGCUCCGAUUCUGCCCGUUCUCAAAUGGUCCGAUGAAGAUGAUGUUCUCGAACGUGCAAACGCUCUGAAGACUGGACUUGGCUCUUCGGUCUGGAGCAAAGACUUUGACCGCGCGACCCGCAUGGCAGACCAACUCCAGUCCGGCAGUGUCUGGGUGAACAGUCAUUUCGAUGUGUCGCCCACUGCGCCCAUGGGUGGCCACAAGGAGAGUGGAAUGGGAAUGGAAUGGGGUCUGACUGGUCUGCUCACAUACUGCAACUCUCAGACUCGGUGGUUGAAGAAGAGCUUCUAG